AUAUUUUAACAUUUUUCGCGCCACCGCAGAGCAGCAGCAGACGGGAACGGGCUGAACAACAUUUUACCUGGAUUUGGAGUCCAUAUUCCUGAUAUAUUAAAUAUUUAGGAAUAUAAUAAGCCCGGUACUGUAGCAUUGUUGUGAUUGGUGUGUUGCUGGUGUGAGAGCUGGGGGGCGGACUGUGUGUUAUUCUGUUUUUGAGUUCAGAAGAACAAAUCGACAGAUCUGUUCUUCAGAGCUACAGAUUCAUUUGACCCUGAAAAAAUACUGAACAUCAGACUCAUCAGAAUCUUCCAUCAGAUAAACACAGCGCUGCUUCAGUUCAGAGAGAAGGACUGGAGCUGCAGAGAUGACUGCAGAGGAUGAGAACCUGGACCUGCUGCUUUCCUUGUUUGAGGAGAGUCAGGGUCAGAAGAUAGAGACUUCUGCUGCUGGAGAAGAGGACAAUCUGGAUAAUCUGUUUGAUGAUGAUGGUGAUGAAGGAGAAGCCUAUGCUGAGCCAGAAGAAGAAGAAGCAGAAGAGGUUGUGGAAGCUGCAAACUCAAGUGCAGAAGUGGAAAGUGAACUCAAUAAAUCCAAAGAGGACUUGGAGGCGGAGUUGAGGAGCAUGCGUGAGAAGAUGCAGAAGCUACAGCAGCAGCUGCAGGCAUCUCAGAAAGGUGCAGAUUAUAAACCCAAACCUGCUGAAGAUAAACCCUCCUCACAGAAACAGAUAAGCAGCAGAACUUCACCAGCAGCAAAGCUUCCUGCCAAGCGCCUGACCUCUCCUCAGCAGUCUAGCAAACCUGCUCUACAAACACGUCUUCCCAGCCAAUCCCCCCCAUCUGCACCGAGAGGGGCUAUAGGGUCUCCACCUCUAGAAACAGAGGGCAGGCAGAUAACUGCACACCAAGCCAAAGCAGCCUCUGCAGAAAACCGGAGUGUGCAGAGUCAGAGUGUGGGUGACAGGUUGUCACAGCCGAUGAGAAGUAGCGGUAAAAUUAACAAUACCAUGACGUCACCGCCACCAAGUAAAAUGGCUGGUGUAGCUCCUCCCAUUGCAAGACAAGCCACACCCCGACCACCUUCUACUCAGGACGUUGCUGUGGAGAAAUUCUCAGGUCUUCGUCUAAGGAGACCUCGUCUGUCCUCGGUAGAGAUUGAAAGCAAAAUGGCUAACCGCAGGAUGAUCAAGCUCUCUCAGCUGCCUGAUCGACUUGCCAAAGACAAUCUUGAGGACAGUGACUGGGUUACCUUUGCUGUGGUCAUAAAUAAAAUUACCCCGCAGAGCAAGAAUAAUGGAAAAACGUUCAGUAUCUGGAAGCUGAAUGACCUUCAUAACCUGGAGGUGAAUGUGUCGCUCUUUCUCUUUGGGACUGUUCACACUGACCUAUGGAAGACAGACACUGGGACGGUAAUUGGCAUACUUAACCCCAACCAAAUGAAGAAUAAAGAAGGCUCUAAUGAGCUUUCCCUCACAGUGGACCACCCACAGAAGGUGCUAAUGAUGGGAGAAGCUAUGGAUUUUGGUACUUGCAAGGCUAAAAAGAAAAAUGGAGAUUCCUGCACCCAGUUGGUCAAUAUGUAUGAAUGUCAGUUCUGCCAGUACCAUGUUAAAGCUCAGUACAAGAAGAUGAGCUCCAAGAGAGCGGAGCUUCAGAGCAGCUUCACCGGAUCAGCCCCUGGUAAAGUGAAGAACCGGGGAGGUUUGAGAGAACGCUUGUGUCAGGGUGACUUCCACUACGGGGGCAUGUCUUCACUUGCUUGUGCACCAUCUGUGACUGCCCCACAGCCAAAAAAACAGCCCUCAAUCCAGUCGGUUUUGGCUUCUAUUCCUAACAAGAAGCUUGCACUUAGUUCAGGCGAGGUAUCCGGAUGUACUGAUGACUUCAGAAGCCUAAUGUCAAUGCCUACACCGGGAGCACUUAAUAUAAAGAGACAUUUAGGAAAAUCUAAACCAACAGCAGAUUCUUCUGGAUCAACUGUUCAAUCUAUCUCUGCCUCAGACCUUCUUAAGCAGCAGAAACAAAUGCACAAGCAAAGACUGGAGGCCAGACAGAAGAGGGCAGAAGAGAUCCAAAAAAGAGUUAUGCAGAAAACCAGGGGUGCUGCUGUUCCAGCUAGACCCGCUGUAAACAGGGGUGCGCUGCUCUCACCCAAAGCUGCAUCAGAGGUUCCAAAACGUUCCUGUCCACCUGAACGACGUCUCAGUGCUCCUCCUAUACCCACCCUAGGAAGAGGAUUUUCAGAGGGGGAUGAUAUUCUCCUGGACAUGUCUCCUCCUCCUCGUUCAAAGAGCCUGUCUUCUGCAAAGCUAGCUGCAGUGAGAAAGCUUCAGGCUAAAGGAGGAGCCAUAGUUAAAGACGACCCAAACGCUGUGAAACGCAAGCGGUCUGACAGCGGUGCGAUCAGCGCCAGAGUGGAGCGCAGCCUGACUUCACCUGAAGGUGAUAAGAAUGCUGCUGAUGUGGAGGAAGAGGAGCCAGCUCAGAAGAGGAGGCGGGAACAACUAGAAUACAUCCAAUCAGAGGAGUUUCAGCGCAUUCUCAAUGCAAAGUCCUCAAACUCCUGGAUUAUGGGAGAGGUGGAGGCACAGGCCAUGCAGGACUACUUUGAUCCGCUUGUACAGAAGGAGAAGCUGGAAGAAAAGAUGAGGGGCAUCAGAGAAAUGAAGUGUCGAGCGGUCACCUGUAAAAACUGCAAGUACACUCACUUCAAGCCGGCUGAUCGUUGCGUGGAGGAGAAGCACGACUACCACUGGCAUGAUGCCACCAAACGUUUCUUUAAAUGCCCAUGCGGCCAGAGAAAAAUCUGCCUGGCCCGGUUACCCACUGCAGCUUGCAGCAACUGUGGGCUGUUCAAGUGGGAAAGGGACGGCAUGUUGAAGGAGAAGAAAGGACCAAAGAUCGGAGGAGAGCUGCUGCUGACACGCGGUGAAGAGCAGCCCAAAUUCCUCAACAGUAUGAAAUAGGGCCAGCAGCCUCCCUCUGCUGCCUGACUCCAUCCCUCUGGAGUCGUUCACUCAGACGCUGCUAAAGGAAACAAAGCAGUUGAAGCUGGAAAAGUCUCUCCGGCUAGAGGCUGCGGCAGAACUGUUUAUACUGAUGGGGUUCAUGCUCACAGGAGGCCUGAAUGGGAUUCGAGCUGUCGCAGUCCAUUUGAAACUUGAUUUGCUUUUUCUUACCUCAUGAGCUGGCUGUAAUCAGCUGUAUGUUUGUCUGUUUUUAUUUGUUUGUAUGUGAUAAUGGAUUUUUAAUGAUUUUUAAAAGUUUUUCCUGUUUAUGAAUGUUUGUGUCAUGUGUGGCUGUGGUAAACAGCCUAAAUUAAACUAGCCAGAAGGCUCACAUUCCAUGCUCA